AUGUCCAAUACGUUCCGCGCCCCAGAAGCACCGCUGAGCAUCGCCAUCGAGCUGUUGUCCAACGCAAUCCCCCUCAUCCUGAACCAACCCACCAUCGUAGCGCUGUCGGGUGGUCAGACCGUGUAUCGUGGCUCCUGUCGUCAAAUGACCCUGCACUUCGCGUCAGCAGGCUACGACUGUCCGCAGUACAUGAACCCGGCUGAGUACUUCAUCAGUCUAGUGAAUACAGACUUCGACGACCACGCAGACGUCCCGCAGAUGGUGCAGUCGUACACCCAGAGCGAGAUCCGCAAGGAACUGAUCAACCGCAUCAAGAGCGACCGCAAGACGCUGCAGCAUUAG